AAAAAGUUAGCUUAGGCACGAUUUAUGUGAAGACCAUGAAACAUGGACCAAACACUUAUUUUACAUGACCCUAUAAUCUUUGAAACAUGACAAGACGAGGGCAACUUUCUUAACUCGGGUCUUGUCCAAGAAGAAGGAAAGGCAGUGGAAAUGAGGGGAGACAUAGCGAGGAGAUGGAAGGAGCUAAGCGGAGAGCACAAGUGGAAAGGCCUUCUCGAUCCACUUGACAACGACCUUCGCCGAUACAUCGUUCAUUACGGAGAGAUGGCCGAGGUUACUUACGAUGCCUUCAACAGUGACCGGAGAUCCAAAUAUGCCGGUGACAGCUACUUCUCCAAGACAGAACUCUUUGCCCGGACAGGAUUCCUCAAAGGCAAUCCCUACAGGUACAAGGUGACCAAGUUCUUCUACGCUACGUCUUCGGUAAAGUUACCUGGCUCUUUCAUUGUCAAGUCGCUGUCAAGGGAGGCGUGGAGUAAAGAGUCUAACUGGAUGGGGUAUAUCGCAGUGGCUACAGACGAGGGCAAGGAGAAGCUGGGGAGACGGGAUAUAGUCGUGGCAUGGCGAGGGACCAUUCAGCCUUACGAGUGGGCCAAUGAUUUUGAUUUCCCGCUUGAUCCAGCUUCCGAGCUUUUCCCGGGUGCCGAAACCGGUCACAAACCUCAGAUCGCUAGUGGCUGGCUCGCCCUCUACACCACCGAUGAUCCCCGCUCGCCUUUCAACAAGACUAGUGCUCGAGAACAAGUCCUGGGAGAGGUAAACAGGUUACUGGAACAAUACAAGGAUGAAGAAGUUAGCAUCACAUUAACAGGUCACAGCUUGGGAGCAACAAUGUCAACUCUAUGUGCAACAGAUAUUGCAUACAAUGGACACAAAAAGAUGAAAAGUCUUCAGCACAAGCCUUUUUAUGUCACAGCCUUUGCAUUUGCAAGUCCUCGUGUUGGGGACAAGAACUUCAAAAUGCUGGUUGAUUCCAUCGAGAACCUCAACAUCCUGAGAAUAACGAAUGUUCCUGAUGUCGUGCCUCGUUACCCGUUGCUUGGGUACGACGAUGCAGGGGAGGUGCUCACGAUCAACACAUUGAAAUCAAAGUACCUGAAGCAGAGUCUAAACCUGAGGAACUACCAUAACAUAGAUAUUUACUUACAUGGGGUGGCAGGGACUCAAGGGAGCCUCGGAGGAUUCAAGCUGGAGAUUGAAAAGGAUAUUUCAUCAGUCAAUAAGCGAUUAGAUGCUCUGGACGAUGAAUACUUAAUCCCCGGUUCCUGGUGGUGUGUUGAGAACAAAGGGAUGGUUCAGAUGGAUGAUGGGUCAUGGAAACUGUAUACUCACCGGACCCCUGAUGACGAUGAAUGUAACUAGAGAGUGAUAUUAUGUAUAUCAUCUGCUUAAAAUAGCUAUGGUGCAUGUUAACAUAUCAAAUCUAUAAACAGAUUCAACGCUGCAUACACAUGCCCAUAAAAGGGGAUAUGAGAAGAGGUAAAUGACAAAUCUUUCCUUUGGCUUUGCA